CAAGGAGGAUGAUGGCUUACCGUUACUCCCUGCUGGUGCUGUGGCUGCAGCUGGAUCGGGCCCUGUUGCUCAGCUCCAACGACCCCAACGUCUGCAGCUACUGGGAAAGUUUCACCACCAUCUCCAAGGAGUCCUUCGUGCAGCCCUUCGUCCAGGAGUCCAAGGAGCCCUGCAAAAGCCCAGCGUGGCUACGGGCAAAGACCUGCCCUCAAUACAGAGUCCUGUAUAAGACGGCCUACCGGCAAGGCGUCAGAGUGGACUACCGGAGGCGCCAUCACUGUUGUGAGGGGUUCUACGAGAGCAGCGACACCUGUGUCCCUCGGUGUGCCCAGGAGUGCGUGCACGGCCGGUGUGUGGCUCCAGAGCGAUGCCAGUGCGAGCAAGGCUGGAGGGGCUCAGACUGCUCCAGUGAGUGCAGCGACCGAUCCUGGGGGCCCAACUGCCAAAGCCCCUGCACGUGCUUGAACGGAGGCAGCUGUGACCCCCUGACCGGGGCCUGCACUUGCCCCCCUGGCUACCACGGGCAGGAGUGCCAAGAGCCCUGUGCCACGGGGACCUAUGGCCAAGGGUGCCAGCUGGAUUGCCAUUGCCAGAACGGAGCGAGCUGCAGCCUCGUGAAUGGCGCCUGUCUCUGCUCUCCGGGCUAUGCGGGGCCACACUGCGAGAUCCUCUGCCCCAACAGCACCCAUGGAUUCCAGUGCCCAGCCUUCUGCCCCUGCCAGAAUGGGGGUGUCUGCCAUCCCCCCCCCUCCAGCAAAUGUGCCUGCCCUCCUGGAUGGACGGGUGACAUCUGCUCCACCCGGUGCCCCAUUGGGCAUUUUGGUUCCAGCUGCCAGGAAGAGUGCCGCUGCCACAAUGGAGGCCGGUGCGAUCCGGAUUCGGGCCAGUGCCGCUGUGCGCCAGGCUACCUGGGAGAGGAAUGCCGUGAGAAGUGUCCCAUCGGCAAAUACGGCCAGGACUGCCGUGAAACCUGUGACUGCACCAACGGGGGCCACUGUUUUCACAUCAGCGGGGGCUGCUUGUGUGAAGCCGGGUUCUACGGCAGCCACUGCGAGGAGCGGAAAUGUCUUCCUGGGCUGUACGGCCUCAGCUGCCAGUUUCCUUGUCUCUGUGAUCCUCAGCACACCCAGAGCUGUCACCCCAUCUCUGGAGAAUGCGCCUGCAAGGCAGGGUGGGCUGGCCUGUACUGCAACGAGACGUGUCCCCACGGAUCCCAUGGCCUCAGGUGCCAGGACCCCUGCCUGUGCCUGAAUGGGGGCACCUGUGAUGGCGAGACGGGGCGCUGCAGCUGCCCACCUGGCUACGCAGACAAGCACUGCUCCAGCCCCUGCCCCGAUGACACUUUUGGGGUGAACUGCUCUCAGGGGUGCAGCUGCCAAAACGCCUUGGGCUGUUCUCCUGCGGAUGGGACCUGUUUCUGCAAGGAAGGCUGGCAGGGAGUGGACUGUUCUGCCCCCUGCUCGGCAGGCACCUGGGGGGCCGGUUGCAACCAGACCUGCCUCUGUGCCAACGGAGCCACCUGUGAGCCCACUGACGGAGGAUGCACCUGCAUGGCUGGGUGGCAAGGCAGCCAGUGCACGCAGCCAUGCCCGGGCUGGUUCUACGGCCUGGGAUGCGGUCGGAAGUGUUCCUGUGAAAAUGCGGCUGGUUGUGACCCCGUCUCUGGACGAUGCCACUGCCUGCCUGGAUGGAAAGGACCCCGUUGCAGCCAGCUGUGUGCGGAGGGCCUGUGGGGGGAGCAGUGCCGCCAGAUGUGCUCCUGCAAGAACGGGGCCAGCUGUUCCCCCAAGGAUGGCAUCUGUGAGUGCGCCCCAGGCUUCCGGGGGCCCAACUGCCAACGGCCCUGCCAAUCGGGCCGUUAUGGCAAGAAGUGCUCCAUGCCCUGCAAGUGUGCCAAUCACUCCAUCUGCCACCCUGUGGAUGGCUCCUGCGACUGUCCGCCUGGCUGGACGGGCAGCGAUUGCGCAAGACGCUGCACUUCCGGCUUCUUCGGCAGCAACUGCACCUCCCGGUGCCAGUGCCAGCAUGGGGCCCUCUGUGACCCAGGCACAGGGUCCUGCUCGUGCCCCUCAGGCUACACCGGUGCCCACUGUGAGACCAGCCACCCCGAUCACCCCCUCACCAUGGUGCCCGCUUUGCCAGCCGCCAACCCGUCCUUGGGGGCCGUGAUUGGCAUCAUCAUCCUGGCCGCUUUGCUGGCAGCCGUGCUGGUGCUUUUCUUCUGCUACCGGCGGUGUCAGAAGGAGAAGGAGAAGCGACACGUCUCCGUGGCCUACACCACAGGGAGGACGGACAGUUCGGAGUAUGUCGUACCUGAUGUGCCCCCGAAUUACACCCAUUAUUAUUCAAACCCCAGUUACCACACCCUCUCGCCCUGCUCCCCAAGCAGCUCCGACCAGCCUGGCAAGAGUCCGGAGCGAGACUGGUCAGCACUGCACGGGGCCGACUGCAACGCCACUCUGCCCAGCGACUGGAAGCACCACCGGGGAAGCCCGGCCCACGGGGGAGGCUACCUUGACCGGAGCUGCAGCUACACGGAUGGCCUCGGAAAAUAUCGCUGCCAAGUGCACGCCAAGGAGGGUCCCUGGGGCCACAGCGACAGCUCCCUCAGCAGCGAGAACCCCUACGCCACCAUCAAGGACUGCCCGGGCCCUGCGGGGAAGGUGCCGGAAGGCAGCUACAUGGAGAUGAAGUGCCCCCCGUCCUCCCAGCGGGAGAUCAGCCUCUUUGAGGAGCCCUCCUGCAGCGCCGAGACCAAGGAAGAGGACGGCUCAGCUGCCGCAGAAGGCGUCUCGCGGGGGACUCCAGCCGUGCCCCCCAACCACUACGACUCUCCCAAAAACAGCCACAUCCCCAGCCACUACGAUGUGCCCCCUGUGCGGCACUACCCGCCGUCGCCCCCACUCCGAAGACAAGCCCGAUAAGGCUUCCGCCUGCUCACCGCUGCCUCUCCUGCACCCUCCAGCUGGGGAGGACGGAGAGCCAGGAUGGCCGGUGCAUUUGGGCCAAGAUUGACUACGGAAAGGUGGCGGGUAGAGAUCCUCCAUGAAGGGAGCCAGCGGACAAGCCUGGCCAGACUUUGGGGUUGGGGGGCUGCCAAGAGAGGGGAGCAAGCCUGGACUCUGGACCUCUCUCCCUCCCUCCCCCCCCCUUGCCCAAGGAAGCACUGGUCCCUCCAGGAAAAGCUACGAGCAACAGGGUGGGGGGCAUCGCAGGAAGACGACCCUCCCCAUUGAGAGACCGAGGGACCCGCAGCUCCCUUCGGGCAAAGGAGAAAGGCUGCGUUGGAGUCCACCGGCCUCUCGGACGUCCCACCAUUUGCAUGCCGUAAAGGAGACGCCGGGCUUGGCUGGCUUCCUCCCGUGGCUCCCCUCCUCUUGGGGGCAGAGUUCAGCCAGGAGGGGUCCCUGUCCCUGCGCUGGCCAAAGAGAGCGCCUGGGGGAGGGGAGACCCCAAGCGGGCUUCUGCUCUUUGGGGUCCCUUCAACAGUUUAAUAAAAACUUCCUUCUCUGCCUUGCUUCCGGAAACAGCCCCCAACCCGCCACCUGGCAGCCUGGCGAGUGAAGGAGAGGGUGAGCCCACCUGGCUGCUGGCCCUGAGGUUUGUUGCCCACAUCCAAGCUGAUGGGUUUCAUGCCCAGGUGCCAAUCAGCCUCUGCCCACCCGGCCUGGCUUUGUCCUUCCAAAAAAGAGCCAUAAAGCAGUUCGUCUUGACAGUCUCCCCGGGCCCCUGGCAUUGGAGGGGUGCUUCUGGGCCAGCAGCACAGGACA